AUGAGGCAUACUCUUAUUUAUUUCGCCAAGAUUUUACUUGCAUACUCCACCUGUUUCCCGUAUAAUAGCUUCAACUAUAGUGGAGCAUGCUGAUGCAACAAGGACUUUUAUUUGGCUGAAUCAAAAGUCUGUGUGGAUGGGUGUCCUUCAUUAUUUAUUGAUAACUCUGAUGGAGCCACGGGUUUUUACUCAUGUAAAGCACCCAGUGGUGAUACUGCAAUCUUAUUCACAUUAGAAUUCUCAAAAGUCCAAGACUUAUCUGCAACUUACAUUUCAAACUCUGUCAAUUCAGCUGAGCAGUUUAAUAAUCUAAAUUCAUACCCAUAUAAUUCUACAGGCCAACUACCUCCGCUUCCAACACUUGAUCGUGGCUUUUAUUUUGCUAAAACGUCAAGCGCAACUAGUAACCAAAACCACGUCCCUGCUCUCUACUUUACGAUAAACAUAUGAAUUAAACCUAAACCACUUGUUUAUGGGGAAAUUCUUAAUGCUAUUAAUAGUUCAACUCAAUAUUUAAGGUUUUAUGCAAACAGUUCUGGUGCCUAUAUACUUGCCCUUGAAAUUUAUGAUUCAAGUAAUAACAGAGUAACAGCCACUUGAACUUAUAGUAUUAAUUAUACAUCAUAUUGGCAGCAGUUAUCAGUUGUUUUACAGCAAACUACAUGCAGCGAUGUAGUUGGGACUUUUUAUCUUAACGGAGGAACUGGUUCGAGUGCAUCUUUAACAAGCACAGAAGUAAGGUUUAAAUCCGCUCUUUCUUAUUCAUGAAUACUUGGGUCUGCGAAUGGAUUAGACUCCUUUACAGGAUUUAUUUAUUGGCUCCAAGUUAGAUUUGAUACAACCCAAUAUUCUCCAACGAUGUCAAUAUAUAUUGAAUGCUUGAGUAGUCAAUAUUGAAAUGGAUCUUCUUGUCAAAACUGUGGCUCAAGCUGCUCUUCUUGGCCUUGGUGUGUGAGAGGCACUGAUUGCAGUAUUUGCUAUACAAGUGAUUGUGGCUCUUGCUCUGGAUAUUCUCUAUCAAUGUGCACUGUAUGUACAACAGGUAUACUUCCAGGAUGUUGUGACAUAUUUGGGACAACUUGCACUCAAACUUGGUCAAAUACUGCAUGCUUCAAUGGAAAAGUUCUCAUUGGAGGAGUUUGCCUAUACGCAACCCCAUAUGGACUUGAGAAUUCCACAACUGUUUCUACGCAGGUUAUAACAGCUGACUUUACAGGUCCAUUUGCUGGAGUCUAUGGGUCAGCUUGAAUUACAGGCAACAGCUCUUCAAGCUAUAACUAUUGGAAUUCUCCAGAAGUGGCUGACCCAUUUCCAGCAAAAAACAGAGGUCUCUAUUUUAAUUAUGAUCAAUAUUUGAGUGGGGAAAUAGCUCUCUCUCAUACUUGAACUAUUAGUAUGUGGGUUUACCCAAUGGGCGGAAUAAUGAUAAGCCAUUCCUCAAAUAAUUUUUACAUUGAUUAUGCUGGGACGAUGACCUUUACCUUAGAAAAGUGAGAUGGAACAACCAUGACCAACACCCUUUCUCGCUCUAUAAGUUCAAGUUGGGCAUUUAUUUCUUUUUCAGUUGAGUUUGCAAAUAAAGUGACUACUAUUAAGGGUUAUAUUGAUAAUAUUUCUGGAACGCCUUCAACAAAUCAAAAUUAUGUAUUUAGACUGCCAGUAGGGAUGCUAUACCUUGGCAAAGGAUCGACAGGAUUUAAAGGAUAUAUCGCUUAUUUUGUGCUAUGGCAAGCAGCCAUUAGUGAUUUUUCAGCAUUUUUUAGCAUUAGUACUUUAACAAAUGGAUCAGUAGUAGUUUUGUGACCAUGCGAUUAUUUGUAUUACUUUGAUGGAUCGAGCAAUCUAAAUUGUUUAUCCUCAUGCACAAGUGGCUGCAUCAAUGGAAGCUCUUGCAAUUUGUGUGGCGAUCCUUUAUGCUCGUGCACAUCAUUUUCAUCAGGAGCUUGCACUUCGUGCGUUGCUAACGCUUCUGGUUCUCCCUGUGCUUGCCUAACUGGAUAUUAUCUGAAUGUAACUGGACUGCAGCAAUCAUGCUCUCCUUGUUAUACAGGAUGCUCUAACUGUACAAGCUCAUCUUAUAAUUCUUGCACUUCCUGCAAUUCAGGCUAUUACUUGUACAAUAAUACUCUCUGCCUUCUCAAUUGCCCUGGAGGAUAUUUUGGAGAUUAUAAUCAGCGUAAAUGCCUCUUCGUUUCAAAUAUUGAAUUUAAUGCUACUUUUUAUGAUAAAAUAGAACUUGGCCAAGUAGAAUGCUUCAAAGUAGGAUCAGAUUCAGCAAAUAAGUACCCUAAUUAUGAUUCUGGAGAUCCAUAUCCAGCAUACUUAAGAGGCUAUUAUUUUAAUGGCACUACCUAUCUUUCUACAAGUAUGCUAACUGGCCCAUAUUUUUCUGUUUCUGUAUGGGUAAAUAUAAUAACAGCUGGAACGAUUAUAUCUAGAAUUUUGAAUGGAAAUGAAAUUUUUUGUUUAGAAUUUUUGAGUGGGACGCUAUCACCUAAGCUUUCUCUUAUGUUGAGCGAUAAUUCUGUAUUAUCGACAGCCAUAUCAAGCAGCAUACUUUCAAACAGUUGAAAUUUUGUUGCAUUUACUGGGAAAGUUGAUACAGGUGGUACAUAUACAAUAAACUCAUAUUAUAACGCAGUGAGCUCAACUCCUGCUACCUCUUCAAGCCUUGCUUUUUAUCAGGAUUUAGCCACUGGCACACUUUAUAUUGGGACAAAAUCAACCUUAACUAGUGGCUUUUCUGGAUUUCUAUAUAGUAUUUGUCUUUUUAACACUGAAACUCUUUACAGCUAUGAUUUUAUUACCUCCGGCUGCACUUCACCAUGCACUCAAUGCUCAAAAGACUUCAAUUGUUUUGAUACUUGCUCGCUAACGACAUUUAGAGAUGGAUCCUCUUGCACCAGCUGUUUGGGAAGGUUACUUUACACGACGACUAUUUUUUUUGGCCUAUUUUUUUUGCCUGGCCUCAUUUAUGAAGCUGCUGAGAGGACUAAAACUUUAUUAAGAAGCAGAGACUUUUCCUUAGGCGAUUAAUAUUGAGUAAAUUAAGUGGAAAACUCCUAAUUAAAUCUAGAAUUCUCGAAAUUUAAAAGCAAUGAAUUAAUAUUCAUUAAUUAAGAAAUCUGUCAUUUUUUGUUAUUAAAUCGUUUUAAAAUACAUUAAACAUUAUAUUAAAAUAAUUAGUAUUGAAUUAUGCCAAAAUAUUAGUAAAAAAUAGCUAAAAAAUUGUCAAAAAAAGCCAAAAAAAGCCAAAAAAAAUAGGCAAAAAAAAUAGGCCAAAACAAAAUAGGCCAAAACAAAAUAGGCCAAAAAAAAAAAUAGGUGAAAAAAAGGCCAAAAAAAAUAGGCAAAAAAAAAUAGGCUAGAGAAAAUAGUCUUUUAUGAAAUAGUCGUCAUGUGAAGAUACGGUUUGGGAACAGGAAACUGCAAAGGAUGCAGAUUUACAGAUACUUGUGGACUUUGCAAAACAAAACAAUGCUAUGAUUGCACUUCUUUUUCAGGAAAUUGCAACAGCUGUAUUGCAAAUGCAGGAAGUGAUGGAUAUGGAGGGUGCCAAUGCAAUGCAAGUUAUUAUUGGGAAGCUUCUACAACGACUUGUGAGGCUUGCGAUGUACUUUGCCAGAAUUGCGUUCAAGGCAGCAGCUUUGAAUGCGAAGCCUGCUACUUUGAAAAAAUAACUGUAGGGAGCAUAUGCUUAAAUGACUGUCCGUAUGGCUACGAUCCUUCUUGUUCUCCAGUUUCUAGCGCAGUAAUUGACCAGAUGUUUGAUUCUGAAUUUAGUGGGAGUUAUGGGGAUUUUAUAACCGGAACAUCUUCAAGCACAUAUCAACCAUUUAAUUCUCCUGAAGCUUACGAUCCUAUUCCUGCAUAUAAAAGAGGGCUCUAUUUUAAUGGGAGUAUGAACCUAACAUCUUCAACCUCUAUUUAUCUUUCUUACGGAUUUUCUAUGGGGUUAUGAUUUUAUGCAGUUACUAAUGGAGAUUUGUUAGAGAAACAGUCAAAACUUAAAGUUGGAUCAGUAGGAUCAGUGUGGCUAACAGUUGAAAGCACUAAACAAGUAGCAGAAGGGCAUAUCUUAUCAACUUCAACUUUUACUGGAUGGACUUAUUUUUCAUUUACUGUUAAUUAUGAAUCAGGGACCUCUAGUCUUGAUCUUUACCUUAAUGGAAAUUUUGCUGGAGGAACCAUUUUUGCAAAUAAAAUUUUUCGAGACCAAGCAUCUUAAUCUUAAUUAACUGAUCGGCUUGGCCUGUAGUGGUUACACAGUCUUCAAGGACCCUUACAGCUGUAACCGCUUUGGUGCAUUUCCUGCCGGACACUUGAACUGCUAGGAUAACUUGCUUAUCGAUUGCCCCGAUCACCAUCUUGCUUCUCUUUGACUCUAAUGCUAUGCCUCCUCCUUGCCUUUUUAGCUCCUGUAUUAGUGAGCAGACUAUGGACUUCUUUAGUCCUUAAUCGAGCAAUUAAAGAGUAACUUAAUCGAGGAAGAAUAGCCAGAAGUCUAGCGGGUAUGGUGUCUGCCUCAACUAGAGUAAAUUCCUGGGUUCAUAUCGCAACCCCUGGUAUCGCGAUGAUAUACGCCUUCGGGUCCGAAAGACAUUGCCAAACUAUCUUUUUGCAACCACGGGAGCUAAGACAAAUUCUACUGAUAUAAAUUAUCGCAUGCCAGACCUAAAUGUCAAUCGGCUUCUUACCCAGUUCAUCUUGUCCAUAAGGUUGAGAAAAUUUGCAUCAAGAGGCUGAGCGCGUUAGGUUGCCAUUUUAUGUAUUGAGAUCAAGCAUCAACGUAUAUGCAGAUAGGGAAAAGCAGCAGUUCUGGGUUCACUGGGUUUAUUUAUUAUUUCCAGCUGUGAAAUGUCCCACUUUCAUCAUUUUCUACGAUUUUUAAUAGCUUUUCAUUUUGUGGAUCUGGACAGGGAUCUUCGUGCUUAUGAGCCUGCGAUAUUUCAGCUUUUAAAAAUGAAUCCACAUCCAGUUGCAGUAAUUGCAAUUCAUGCUCUAAUGGAUGUGUUAGAGCGAACGACUGCAAUCUCUGUGAUGAUCAAUUAUGCUCUGUUUGCGGUGGCUUUGAUCCGGGAAAAUGUUCAACUUGCGUCCCCAAUGCGUCACCAAGCUUAAAUGGCUGUGCAUGCAAUUCAGAUUAUCAAAAAUCAAAUGAUGGUCUUUCAUGUGUAAAAUGUGCGGCAGGAUGCAAAAAUUGCUCUGGAAAUGGAUUUUAUCAAUGCACAAGCUGUCUUAGUGGCUGAUUCUUUUUAGACAUUCAAUGCCUAGAAUCUUGCCCUACAGGAUAUACUCAAAACUCAACAACAAACAACUGUGAUUAUUCUGGCUCAGCAGUAUCACUAAAUUUUUCUAAUUUAAUUGUGCUAGACACUCUUUGGUGAUGAAAUGUCGGCUCUGAAGUAAACUCAUACCCAAUCUACGAUGCCAAUGAUCCUUAUCCUGCAUAUUUAAGGGGCUACUAUUUCUUACCAGGCAAAUAUCUAACGAACAGCGUUACUCUUCCCCCUUCCUUUUCCAUUUCUAUCUGAAUCCAACCUAUAGGAGAUGGCUAUAUUAUAGGCAAAUAUAUGGCAGGAAAUACAUGAUAUGUAAAAAUUAUAGAAACUUCAGGAAAUCCAAAGCUUUCCCUUACCCUUUUAGAUAAGCAAACAACUCUUUCUAACAAAGUAAGCACUAAUAUCCUCAAUUCAGGUUGGGUUUUUAUUUCAUUUGACUGUGCAAUAAACUCUAAUGGGAUAACGACAAUAACUUCUUAUCUAAAUGGCAACCAACAAAUUCAAACAUCAACUUCUGAUAAUUCACUUUAUCUUUUGGAUAGUCCGUCAGAUGUUUAUAUUGGUGAUGGCUCAAUGUCUGGGUCUACUAUGCCUGGGUUUACUGGAUUCUUAUGGAAAUUUACUAUUUACCCUCAAAACAACAACGCAUUAACUGAUUUUCAAAACACUGGCUGCUUGAGCAGCUGUACAAUAUGCCCAGCUGAUUUAAGCUGCCCAGACAACUGCCCAAUAUCUGAAUAUUUUGAUGGCACAUCUUGUGCUGCUUGUAUUGCAUCUGCUGACAAAGGAUGCAGAAGUUCAAGUUUUAGCAGACUGUGCCGAGCCAAAGAAUGCGCCACUUGCACAGAGUUUACUGGGGAUAAUUCAUGCAUAGACUGCAUUACAAAUGCUAGUAAAGAUAGCAUUGGGGAAUGCACCUGUAAUUCUGAUGCUUUCUGGGUGUCUGAAUCAGAAACUUGUGAAUUUUGCGAUGCUCUUUGCUCAACAUGUUUACAAACUGCUUAUUUUGAAUGCUCUGCCUGUAAGAUGAACUAUCAAUUGGUAGGUAGUAUUUGCUUAAAUGGCUGCCCUUAUGGGUUUGAAGCCCCCUGCGUAUCAGUAUCAACACCUGUCAUUAAUUUGUCUUUUAAUUCUGGUUUUCAAGGCUCAUAUGGCAUUUUAAAUGCAGGAACAAACUCAUCAUCAUUCUCUCCUUUUAAUAGUCCAGAAACAGUUGAUCCGAUUCCUGCAUAUCAGCGAGGUUUAUAUUUUAACGGAGACAUGUAUUUAUUAUCUUCAGUACCUGUUUUGCUUUCACAUAGCUUUACAGUUGGAGCAUGACUUUAUUCAAUUGUUUCCAAUGAUUGACUAGAAAAGCAAACUCAAAAACUCACUUUUUCUACACAAGGUACUGUUAAUGUUCAGAUGGAAGACCCUAUGCAAGUCAUAAACCUUAAAACUUUAAAUUCAGCAACCCCCCUUUUUGAGUGAAACUAUUUAGCAAUCACCUUUGAGUAUGUUUAUGGAGUUACAACUAUAAAAAUUUGUCUUAAUAAUGAAUGUUUCAUCGAAAAUCCUUUCUCAAAUGCAGUAUUUAGAGAUCUUACAUCUUCAAACUUAAUGAUUGGCAAAAGCAGCAACUCUGGUUUUACUGGAUUUAUUAGUUCUUUCACUCUAUGAAAUAUUCCAAUUACUGAUCUUUCAAGCAUCAUUAAUGACUUUGUAUGUGGCACAGGACAGGGCUCCAAUUGUUUAAUAUCUUGCGACUUAUCAAAAUAUUGAGAUGGGAGCACGUGCACGGCCUGCAACUCAUGUAGCACUGGAUGUGUUAGAGCUGGAACAUGCAAUAUUUGCAAUGACCCCUUGUGCUCGAUAUGUACAGGAUUUGGCUCUGGGGCAUGCACUCAAUGUGCUGGAAAUGCAAGUGGAGCUCCGAAUGCGUGCGUAUGUAAUGGAGGAUAUUGACUGCACUCAUUAGCUUGCAUACCAUGCGAAAAUUUUUUGAAUCAGACAAGCGUGUCUGCUGGUUUUGAUAGCAGCUAUUCAAAAAUUCAAUUUAACUUCACUAUUCCAGCUAAUGCUUCGCCUAAAUGUUGUUCUUGCUUAUUUGACGCUCAAACUUUGCAGAGUUUUGGAUCUGGAUAUACGUGCUCUUACGCAACAGAUUAUAGUAGUUUGACAGUUUAUCUAGGGCAAGGUUAUACAAUUUCCAAAGAAAGUAUAGCAUUUUUAUCAGGAUUCUUAAAAAAUUCUGAUUUGGUUUGUGGAAAUCCUCCAACCAAUUUUUCAGUCCCAAUUUCUCUUCCAAGUCCGAUUCCAAGUCCAAGCUUUACAUUUUCAGCUCCCAAAACCCUCUCAAUUCUCUGUGAGACCUUAAAAUUGACUGCAGUUAUUGGAAAUGAUCUGCCAUAUGAGCAAUUCAAGUGGACAUUUUCUUCAGCCCCUGCUAAUGCAGCCAUAUCCGCAUACUCCACUCAAUAUAGCAAUACUUAUAGUGAUAUCACAAUUCCUAAAAGUUCACUUUUUGACAGCAUUAUAUUUGCAUCUUUUGCAGCAAAGAAUAACUUUGGUACUGAAAUUUCAGUUUCCCAAUCUAUAAACGUGACUUCAUCACUAUUUUUGACUAUAAAUUUCAAUACUUUAGAAUCUACAUAUAUUUCUCGACUGAAGUCAUUUUCUAUAUCUAUUUCAUCGAUUCAAGCUUGCACAAUCUCUAGCAGCAUUAGUGUCACUUGAAGCAUUGGACUGGUUACUAAUAACAUUACAAGCAUAGAUGAAGUGUCAUUGAGAGGCAACCAGACUUCUCAAAAUGUAUUGAUUAUUCCUCCAAAAGUUCUACCAGCUUCAACUAAUAUCACAUUUAUAUUCCGCGCAAAAGACUUGGUUUAUCUAUCUGAAGGAGAAGCAAGUGUGAUGGUACAAACUGACGUGUCUGAUCCUGUCAUUUUGUUCAAUCGAACUGAUGGGCCGGCAGGGGUUAGUCAAGAUUUAUUAAUUGAUGCUGGCAGUUCUUAUGAUCCUGAUGGCAAGUCACAGCUCAGUUUUGAAUGGUUGUGUGUAUAUAAUGCAGCUGAUUGCUCGACUUUUAUUUCAAAUCCGUUAAGUUCACUUAUGAAAAUUUCAGCGAAUUCACUUUCUUCAGGGAUCACUUAUAACUUCACUCUAAUUCUGACUAAAACUACCCUGAAUCCGAUAAGUACAACAAUAAAAGUAUCUAAAAGUAUAUAUAUAACGUCUCAGCAAGGUACCGUUCCAUCUGUAAAUAUAGUAGAAAUUGGAAACUCAAACGUAGGGAUUGUGAAUCCUGACUUGGCAUAUCGCGUCCAAGCUCAAGGAUCGUUCACUUCAAUUCUUUGAUCAGCCAAAGGAGAUCUGCCUAUUUUGUUUUCAAGCCCUUUAAUUUAUGCUGACCUUGUAAUUGCACAAAAUUCAUUGUUGGCAGGCUCAAAGUACACUUUAGAAGCUCUAAUAAAUCAAAACUUUGUAUUUACCUGAACAUUCUAUGUGAAUCAAGGACCAAAAGGUGGAAGUUUAUCUGUAACUCCAAGUUCAGGAUAUGAAAUGACGACACAAUUUUCAAUUGAAGCAUUAAAUUGGGUAGAUCCUGAAGAUAACAUUCCGAUCCAGUAUGCAUUUGGCUAUACUAUUAGUGAUAUCUACCAAGUUAUUAGCUCAAAAAACACCUCUUCCUUGAUUUAUUCAACUUUUCCUUACUCAAGCAAACAAAUAAUGAUAUCCGUAGACGUUUAUGACUCUCUAUUAUCCAAAGUGACAACGUUUCAAGGCAUUACCGUAUCGUAUCAGGCAGAUGCAAACGUUGACCAAUAUGUAGAUGACGUAAAAUCUCAAUUAAAUUCGCCCGAUUUAAACCCGAUUUCAAUUCCCAAGCUCGUUUCUGAUCUCUCUUCACUAUCAUUAAAUAGGAAUUACAUUGUGAAUGGAGAUUAUUCAACAGUAGAUCAGCAGAUUCAGGACUCAUACAACAUAGCUAUUGAUAAAAUAUCAUCCUAUACACAAAACACAGAUCCUUAUGACCCGAAUACCUAUACAACCGUCUUCAGUAUGCUAAAAGUUAUUACUUCAAAUCCAAGCAUUAACAGUUAUGAUAAUAUCGCAAAGGUGGCUGAUAUAAUCAAGGAAGUUGUUAGCAGCCUGGAUGGGAAGGUCCAGCUAGAUGAUACACAAGUUCAAACCUUCAUUGGAAUUUGCAAUAAUAACUUCCAAGUCAACAGCAGUUCAGUAUCAAAUCAAACAGACUCCAUAUCUUCGAUUGAAGGCAAUAUAAAAAGUGUUGGCUCUGCUUUACUAAAUGGAAUGUCAUCAAGAGAAAGCAAACUUUUCCUUGAUGAAAAAAUCAGUGUUGAGUUGUCAAAGCAGCCAAAUUCUGUACUCUCGAAUUUUUCGUCAGAAAUUAUGGGAGCUUCAAUAACUUUAGCAUCAAACACAGAAAGUUUUAUCAGUAAUGACUAUGUGGGCACAAGCUUCGUGCUAUAUGACCCUAUUCCUGGCGGUGCAAAUGCGAGUUUUUCUUUACUCUCCCCGUGAGUGAAAUAAACCAUUGGAAAAAUCCCUAUUUUUUUUGCCAAAAACCUACUCUCUUGAGCGAACAAACAAUUUUAUUAAAAGAAAAAUUUUGAUAUAUAAAUGAUAAUUAGUAUGAGGAAAUCUCGAGCUAAUUCUGUUUAAUUUUUAACUAAUCGCGUCUAAAACAUAAAUUUUACUAUUAGCUUCUCAAUUUUUAUAAAUUAGAAUGUUUUUUAAUUUUGGAAAAAAAAUUCUAUAAAAUUAUAUAUAAAUAUUUAAAAAAAAAAUCCCUCCAUGAGUGAGCAAGAUUUUUUUGUUCGCUCAACGGAUGGAGGAGUUAGUUUCUUUUACUCUUACAGAUUUAUCAACCCAUGAUGCUAUCCCAUUAAACAAUACGAGUUAUAACUAUAUUUCAAUCCCAGUUGAAUUUAUAAAUAACAGCUCUAAUGCAACACUAAAUUGUUCUUAUUUAGAAGAAGGUCUGUCUAAAUGAAAAACAGAUGGAUGUGUUUUAGAUUCGUUCAAUACUACUGUUAUCAUUUGCAAGUGCAGCCACUUAUCAAUUUUUUCAGCGUUUUUUGGAGGUGCUGCAAGUACUGCCCAGUCAAGUAAUAUUGGGGAUACAGUGAACGUUAACGCUUUUUCUUCAAUUGACUGAGAUACUAACGCAAUUGGGCUCUAUUUUUGUGCAGCGCUUUUGAUUUUCUAUAUUGUCCUAACCAUGCUAGCAUGCAAGCUCGAUAAAAAGGAAGCAGAAGAAGAGCUCGAUAUAAUAAAGGGUGCAGCAGCAGCUGAAGAUAUCUCAAAAAAGCCUGAUGAAUUAACAGAAAGAUCUGAGGAUAUGACUUACAGGACAGAUGAUUCGAUUGCUCACAAUUUCCGUCACAAAAUAGGCUAUGAUCCUACUAUCCAUUCAACAGAGCAAAAUACAAGUCAAGAAAUGAGUAGGGCUGAUUCUAUAGCGUCUAUUCAAGUUGAAAAUAUUGAUGUCAAACCAACAAAGAAAAGGAUGAGCUUUUUUGAAUUUGUUGGGAAAAAUCACGAUUUUAUCAGCAUUUUUUUACCCGAUAGUCAAUUUUCUCAUAGCGUGCGAGUAACCGCAUAUACUGUUUCCUUGCUCGGGAAUAUGUUUUUUAUAGGACUGUUUUAUCAAGAUGGAGAACAAAAAGAUGACGACAGUGAUAGCAUGAAUUUCAGUGAAGCGAUUAACAACUAUUCAUUUCGAGACUUUUGGGUUAUGGUAUAUUCUACAGGUAUCAUGAUACCGAUAAGCUGCAAGGCAAGGGAAGACAGAAGUACCAGAAGGGCACUCAUAUGAGAAGAAAAGAAGAAAAUUCAUUUUAUACCCUACCAUAAUUAGGAUUGGCCUGAAUUGCUGAGCAAAUCGUUCUAAAUCUAUCUCUAAUUUGGAUUGCUUGGCUUACUUUUCUUGGUCUAUGCCAAGAUCAUUGGCAGCAGCACUUAUUUGAGAAUUAAGCAAGCUUGGCUCAUCUUCUUGGCUUUUUUGGCUUAUUUACGUUUUCAGGCUCCACAACUCCUGGAGCCCAAAACUCCCGCUGCUCCCACAAUCCCCACAACUCCCACAAUUCCCACAACUCCCAAAGCUCCCGCAGCUCCCACAACUCCCACAACUCCCACAACUCCCAUCACUCCCAUAACUCCCAUAACUCCCACAACUCCCACAACUCCCGGGGGCAUCACCCCAAAAUACCGAACCCAAAGGCCAGAAAACUGCAGUUUUCUCCAGUUAGCAAGCCCUUCCCAAGGAAGCAAACCCCCGUGGCGACCUUCCUGGCUUGCCGCAACAUAGGGAGACCAGCUGACCCUUUAACAGCCGGACGACUCAAUGACCAUCGCUGACGUGCGCCAGGCCUCCUCCUCUACUAGGAUUUCCUUCCUUUCCUUUUCAGCAAUUCACCACUCGAUUUCCUAUACGAUCUCCUCCGUAGUCCCUGCCUUUUCAAGCUCUUCCAGCUGCUCCUCCCUCUCCAGCCUUCUGUGUUUGCGCACUCAUAUGAGGAAUAAACCCUCUGAGGUUGAGUCCAAAAGUGGUAGAACCUCCCGUGCAGGAGGCCUUUUGCGACUUCGUUACCAAAUGGCUGACUUUUAAUAAUCCUAAUCCUACUCAUGAUCCCGAUAGCUAUUAUUUUGAGAAUUUUAGCAAAAAGAAAUAUUAAAGAGUAUAAAGAUCCAAAAAAGCAGAACAAAAUAAAGAAAAGGGAGAAGUGGAAAAAAUUCGGAUUUUUCAUGCUAUCAUGGAGCCUUAUGGGGUAUUUUUGCUGGUCUAUUAUAUUAUUUUCUAUUCAAUUCCAGCUGAGUCUUACAUAUAAAUGGAUUUGCAACACAAGUGUUAGUUAUGGCUCUGAUAUUUUUGUAAUGCCAUUUGUUAAAAUGCCAAUUAAAGUCUUCUUUGUAUGACUAUUCACCAAGCUAACGAUGGCUCUUGGAUUUUCAAGCUCAAAAGACAAAAAAUAA